GGUUUCAUAAAAAUUAAUCCCUGUUGUUGUCAAUUUCUUUGAAGCUACUCCAAUUGGCGAGGCGCUCGCUGCGGGAACCAAUGAGGGAAGAGGGUCGGGUAACUGGCCGUUUGAAUUCAAACCGCGGGCAGGAGAGAGAGAGAGGGACGGAGCGUGAGUCCAAGGAGCCUCCGGACUUGGGGGGUCUGUUUAUGAAGGUUGUACAACUCUCAAAAUGGCAGAGGCAGAUUGGGAGCUGAGUAAGGAAAAUGUUCAGCCUUUGAAGCAAGGCCGAGAUGUGGGCACACUUAAAGAUGUACUUGCACAACAUGAAGGCCCAAGUCAGAUCAGUAUCCAGGAACAGAAACUAGCCUUUGAGGCAGAAAUCCGUUUUUAUUCUGGUAAUGACCCACUGGAUGUUUGGGAUAGGUAUAUUAAGUGGACAGAGCAGGUGUUUCCACAUGGUGGAACAGAUAGUAAUCUCUCAGCACUGUUGGAGAGAAGCUUGGAGCUCUUCCUGAGGAAUGACCAAUACUACAGUGAUCUACGGUACCUUGGUCACUGGUUAAAGUUUGUUGACUACUGUACUGAUCCAUUGGAAGUUUUUGACUUCUUGAAGAGCAAAGGAAUCGGUAUAUCACAUGCUGCUUUUUAUAUUGCCUGGGCUGAACGAUAUGAGCUUCUGGGGAAUAGUAGAAAGGCAGAGGCUGUCUUGCAAGAAGGGAUUCAGCUCAAGGCUGAACCCCUUGAGAAACUCCAGCACCAUCACAGAUACUUUCAAUCACGAAUAUUUAAGCAAGUUGUUGCCUCCAUAAAUGAAGGAACUAAUGAAGAAUUAGUUCCUGAGCCUGUUCAACCACAAAGAACUACUCUUGGAGAUCUCAAACGCAGUGGGCAAAAGAAGGCCUUGGCACCAGUCAACAGGAUUGGAAAUUCUGUGAGAUCACAAAGCCGAGGACUUGGACAACAUGUGGUUUCCACUCGGGAACAGUGUGGCACUUUUGAAGUGUUCAAUGAAAACCAGUUGUGCAGCCAGCCUACAGACCAGCUGAGGUUAACACAGGGGCAGUGGUCCACACUACCUUCAACUUCUGCUAAAGAGAAUGAAAUCAAGCCAGGACAUUGGAAUACUUCAGGGAUGUCCCAACGUUCCAACAUGCAUUCAGUUCCAUUUUCUGCAGCCUCAUCAACCAGCAAACCUGACUUUAAGCUUUAUGAGGAGGAAUCCGCGCAUGUGGAAACCACAACUCCUCGUAAGAUUGAGCCUUUGUUCACUCCAGUGUUGAGUGCACGGAAACCCAGCAAAGAAGCGAAUCCACUGGCUAGAGUGCAGUUACAAAACUGCAAAGAAGAAAAAAUGGUGGUAUCCAUGUAUUCAAAAGACAAGGUCUAUGCUGGACUGCGUGAGUUCUCCUUUGAAGAACUUCGAGCAGAGGAAUUCAAAAAGAAAUAUAAGGCUAUUUGUAAAGAACAAGAGCAAAAGUUGUUGAAGUUAAAAAAGGAAAAAGAGGAGAUGGAGCAAUUAAUCCACAUGACAGAAAUGAGAAUAAAAGAGCAUAUCCAACCUGAAGCACAACAGAACAAAUCAGAUCUUCAAACCCAGAUGCCCAGAAAUGCGUCAAUUUUGGCUGCACAACCCCAAACCUCUUGCACAGAUAAAAAUGUUUCAUUGGAUAUUUCCUGCUCUGCAAGUCUUCAUCCUAACUUUCAGAACCAAGCAGCUGGUAAUAUUGUAACAAACUCUGGGGCUGCUACCUGGGAAUUUGGUGCACAAUCCAACAUAUCAGAAAUGAAAGCUGAAGAUUCUUACAAAGAUGAGUUAAAUCGAGACGAAAUGAGACUGAAAAACCCGAAUCUUUCAAAUUACACAGAUGGGGAUUGCAUGGAAAGUGGUCAACCAAAUGUUUUGGUGGAGGUGCAUAAUUUGUCAGCGAAUCGCAGUUUACAACAUGUACAGCCAUCACCAACUGUCUGCACCAGAGAGGCUUUGGAUGUCAUAAAUGAUAUGUUCCAUGCACCAGUUACUUGCUCACAAGUGAGUGAAAAUCAGUUUGAGAAUCUGGGUGCUGUGCCUACUAUCUGUAACAAUGAUUACCUGGCAUAUGAAGCUCAGUUCAUGAAAAAUGCUGACAAAAGCACUCCAGUUCCAAACCAGAUGCCUUCUACUUUCUUUGGGUUGCCGCCUGCAACAGUAUCUUUCAGUAUUUUUGAUGAGAAUGCAGAUGUUGAAGACCAGGAAAACAAACCACCUGCAGACUACUUGAAAGCGAGACCUCGCUGGCCACUUUCUGGAAUCCUUGUACCUUCCAAGCACAUUCUAACUGAGGGAACCUGUGUUGCUGAAUGUGAUGAUUUGGAUGGCAUUGAACCUAUCAAUGAGGAUCACUUUGAGAGUAAUGACUACCCAAACAAAACAUUUGGCCCAUUUCCUGAAAACACAUGUGACUUCACAAGGGGAGCACAUCUGGUCUCUACCCCUUUCCACCGAAAUUCUCUGAAUGAUGACCAAAACAAGCCAAUCAAAUGGAUUCCUGGUGGAUCUACUAAAAAUGCUCUAAGUUCAUUGUCGCCCCUCAAGGAGUCCAUGUAUGACCAACCUCUGCAUAUGAAAAAACUAAGUCCAAUUCAAGAAGCAAGUGAAGAUGGUCUCUCUUCUGCUGCCACCACCUCUUCUGCAGGCUCCUCCACUUCAGUGGGUGGACUUUGUGCUAUGAGUGACUUGAAUGUCUUUGAAAAAUCUGAGCCAGGCCAGUUAAAUUCUUCUGAGGUCUUCAAUGUGAAUUCCAUCUCUGGUAAUCCAUGGGAUAUAGAAACACAGAAUCAACUUUUGUUGUCCCUUCCCAUACCAUUAAGUUCACUCCAAGAGUUCUACGUUCAGAAUGACCCAGUGCCUACCUUUGAAGUUGGACGCGAGCUGAAUCUGGGCUCACAAACGUUUAACAUUAAACAAGUAGCAGAGCAUGAACAGUGCCGGAUGUUCUAUGGAAUGGAUCCAAGCGUGACCUUAUCUAAAGCAAUUAUAAAGGUGUAUUCACAUAGAGUGCCCUGGGACUUCUACAUCAAUCAACAGCUCAAAAUGCGCCUCGGCUCCCAGUUUAAUAAGUAUUUCAGCCAGAAUCAGUGCUGCUACCUGUUUGACAAUGGCUGUGUGACUGUGGAUCAGGACAAGAACAGUGAAACGUUAAAGGAUCUGUCUCAUAUUUGGGAAUCUGUACCAGAAGCGCUUGUUGUGUUUCUAACACUUGACCUACUGGCUCUAGUGGAACUCAUGCACACUGCAGAAAUUGUCCAUGGAGGCAUAGCGCCUGAAACACUCUUCCUGAGCCCUGGGCUCUAUAAUAGUGCCUCCCCAUGUCCUGAUGGUAAUAGUUUAGUAAAGCUCAUGGACUUCACACACAGCUUGGACUUGAGGCUGCAGGCUGAUGUUGCCACAUUUACAGGUUUUCCAACAGUUCGUUCAUUACCCAAUAGGGACUUCCUUUUGGAGUGCACCAGUGCCUACCAGGUUGAUCUCCUUGGGAUUGCAGACACUAUGCAUUUUCUGCUUUUUGGAGGACAUCUAGAUGUUUGCAAGGAGGGUUCAUUGUGGAUUCUCAGCCCCACAUCUUACAGAAUGGAGUUGCUGUACAUGGAGUUAUGGAACAGUUUCUUUGAGAAGAUUCUAAAUGCAGGAGAUGCACCUUCAAUCACUACACUAAGUGAGUUGCAACAAACAGUGAGAGAAGCCAUUGAACCUGAUUAUGAGAUCCUGUGGAAUGAUGCGUUUGUACAAAAUCUGACACCUGCAUUAAGUGAAUGAGGAAUAUUUUUUUAAAAAACGCACAUUCAGGAUGUUUUUCUAUUUUGUAACUGAAUAAAAGUCCCAUGUAAAUGUUUUUCUGUAUCACUUCCAUCAAAAUUUACUUUUAAUAUUAAACUUACAACUUU